AUGAUAAUUCAUUCAUCUGGGAUCAAUGUCACUGUGAAGACAGAAUUCCUGCUGCUGGAAUUCUUGGAAGCCCGGGAGCUGCAGCUGGUCUACGCUGCACUGUACCUCCUGGUCUACUUGGCGGCCCUGACAGGGAAAGUCCUCACCAUCGCCGUCACCACCCUCGACCGGUGCUUCCACAUCUUCACGUACGUCUUCCUCAGGCACCUCUCUUUCUGUGGAUCUUUUUUUAUGGAUUUUGAGUAUUUCGUCUUCAUGGCAAUGUCCUACUACCGCUGCGCCACCAUAUGCCUCUCCCUGUGCCACAACGUCAUCAUGGAUCGAGGGUCCUGUGGGAAGAUGUUCUUCUCUGACCUCACCACUCUGCUGAUGAUUUCCUGCUCUGAGGAGCACGUUGCCAUGGACGUGGGCAUGACCAAAGGGGCAGCGCUAGCUGUUGCUUGCAUCGUGCCCAUUGUCAUCUGGUACAUCCGCAUUUUCUGGGCCUUGUUCUGUGACGUCCUUCCUCUGCUGAAGAUCACCUGCUCCGAGAAGCACAUCACCAUCGACGCGACGGUGCACUGUAUCUACAUGAAGCUGCCCUCAGACUCCUCCUUGAUUGUGGACCCGCUGGUGUGCGUCUUCUAUGCAACGAUGCCCCUUGCUCUGAAACCCCUUAUCUAA